CCAAACGAGGUUGGGUUUCUCAAACAAGAUGGCGGGUCGGUUAUGUUAGCAUUUGAAGUAUUUUAAAUUUUCUCUAUUUUCUGAUGUUACUGAAACAAAAAAUUCUCAUUUGUGGGUUUCAGCCAAUGACACGAUAGUUCAAUGCGCUCUAAGUCGAAGCCGGCUGUGAGUACAGCAUAACAGGAUUGUCACUGGAGAUUAUGUAAUGGCAGGACGGCCUCAUACAUAUGACAGCAACUCCAGUGAUCCUGAAAACUGUGAUCGAAGGUCUCAUAAUAGACCACGCAAAUUUUACAAACAUUCAAGUGCCCAGUCUCGUGCAUCCAAACUCGAGUCUGAAUACGUCAAAAUGAGUUUGCAUGGUGCCAGUGGUGGAUAUGACCGAUCAAGGGAUCGUCGUAGAUCAAGUGAUCGAUCCAGAGAUUCUUCACAUGAAAGAGGUGAAAGUCAGUUGACUCCAUGUAUAAGGAAUGUUACUUCACCUACGAGGCAAUACCAUAAUGAUCGAGAAAGAGAUAGUAAUUCAUCGUCUAGGCCUAGCAGUCCCCGCCCUCAGAAAGCCUCUCCAAACGGAUCUAGUAGUAGUGGAGUCAUCAGCAGUAGAAACAGCAGUCUGUCAAGUACAGAAGGAAAUUGCAAGUCAAUGGGUGUUGGUGAAAUGGUGUUUGUCUAUGAAAAUGUAAAAGAGGGCACAAGAAACAUAAGAACUUCAGAGCGAGUGACCCUGAUUGUUGAUAACACUAGAUUUGUGGUUGAUCCAUCAAUCUUCACUGCACAACCCAACACUAUGCUGGGAAGGAUGUUUGGGUCUGGUCGAGAACACAAUUUCACGCGUCCUAAUGAAAAGGGGGAAUAUGAAGUAGCAGAAGGGAUUAGCUCUACUGUUUUUCGUGCAAUAUUGGAUUAUUAUAAAACUGGGAUAAUCCGCUGCCCUGAUGGAAUCUCCAUUCCUGAGCUGAGAGAGGCGUGUGACUAUUUAUGCAUCUCCUUUGACUAUAGCACAAUUAAAUGCAGAGACCUGAGUGCACUAAUGCAUGAGCUUUCAAAUGAUGGGGCACGUCGUCAGUUUGAAUUUUAUUUGGAAGAAAUGGUCUUGCCACUGAUGGUAGCCAGUGCCCAAAGUGGGGAAAGAGAGUGCCAUAUUGUGGUUCUGACAGAUGAUGAUGUUGUCGAUUGGGACGAAGAGUACCCACCUCAGAUGGGAGAAGAAUAUUCACAAAUUAUUUACAGCACAAAACUUUAUAGAUUCUUUAAAUACAUUGAAAACAGAGAUGUUGCCAAAUCGGUUUUGAAGGAGCGUGGUUUGAAGAAAAUCCGGCUAGGAAUUGAAGGCUAUCCUACAUAUAAGGAGAAAGUAAAGAAGAGGCCAGGAGGUCGUCCUGAAGUUAUAUAUAAUUAUGUACAGAGACCAUUCAUCAGAAUGUCUUGGGAAAAGGAGGAGGGCAAAAGUCGCCAUGUUGAUUUCCAGUGUGUGAAAAGUAAAUCCAUCACUAACCUUGCUGCAGCCGCAGCAGAUAUUCCCCAAGACCAGUUGGUUGUAAUGCAUCCCACUCCACAGGUUGAUGAGCUGGAUAUCCUCCCUAUUCACCCCCCACCAGGAAAUAGUGAUCCAGAUCCUGAUGCACCAUCUCCUGCAGUAUAAGGGUGACAGUCUGAAAGUGCAGCACGCCAUUGUCCAAGGAAUGAAGAGCAGCAUUUUAACUGGCUACCGUGCACUUCAUCAGCAGCCUUAGAUAUUGAAACUUUGGUAUCUUGAGAUACUAAAAAUAAGAAUAAAAUGAUGCAAGGUGCAGUGACUUUUUUUUUUUUUUUUUUAUUUUUACAUGACCAAAGGAAUAAAAAUGGCAAUGGGUUUUCUAAAAUGUUACAUCUUGCACAAUAUAAGUUAAAGGAAAUCAUUUGCUAUUUCACUAUUUUGGCAAGCCCACAAUUAGUCAACUGAAGACCAGUUGGUUUACCUUUUUGGUGGAUUUGUGAUGAUCUCUUUUUUUAAAGAAAAAAGUAAAUAGAUAAAAAUAGCUUUUCAUAUGCAGGUAUGCAGUGAAGUAUUAAAAACAAUGCAGACUGCUUUUUUGAAAGAGAUCACCACUGUAAGUUGCUGGGCUUUAAACCUGUUUUCAGAUUUAUUUUUUAAUGACACGUGAUGCACUGCUUUUCAUGUCAGUGCAUCACAAAUUUGGGGCUCUUUGUUAAUUGCAUUUCUUCAUAUGAUUUGUUUAAAGUUUGUUUUAUUCUGCACUCACAUUUCUUGUUUUAGGUUUAUUAUUUGUUCAUAAAGCUAAUAUUUAAUAAAGAGCUAACUGAAAUUACAUUAUCCUGUGUUCUGCCUUGUCUUAAUCAGGAUAUGUAUAUACACAGCAAAGGUUUAACUGUAUCCAGAUACACCUAAAGACAAGGAAGACCGAUGUUAAAGAGUGUAAAUAGCAUGAACACUUUAUUCUGACUGAGAUCUGAUAUUUUUGGGUUCACAUUGGUUUUAUGGCAGUUGGUUUUCACACACAAGCAAUGAAUAUGCCAUGGUAUAUAGAAAGAAUAACUAAAAAGUAGACAUCGGGAUGCUUUAGCUAUAUUAUGAAGAAAGAAUGAGGACUAGUCAAUAAAAUGUUUCAUUAUGUGGUGAAACUGUACCUUUUCAUCCAUCUUUUUGGCAGUAGUUUUGUUGGAGACUUAAAAUUAAAGAACAAGACAUGUACAAUAAGAUAUCUUUCAUUACAAAAUGUGUGGCUUUAUCUUUUUCAGCAAUUUUAGAUAUCGCCACUGCAGCAGUAUUUCCCUCCAUGGCAGUGAGAUGGAAGGGAAAAUGAUUGGUGGGGUAUUAGUUUAUAAAGUAAGGAAGAUUUACUAUGUUUGUCUGUGUCUGAAGCUAUAAUGUGUAAUGGUUGGUUAUACAAUUUUGCUGUUACCCAUAAUUAAUAAGUUUUCAGCAGACUUUUAUUAUUAUGCAGUAAUAUUUAUUUUAAACUAAACUUUAAUGUUUCCUGUUCUUGUAUUUCUUGGCUAUACUUUGUAUACUUGUAUUUACUUCAUGUUCAUUUAUUUAACAUUUUCUUUGUCUUCUAAAGGGCUUGUUUAUACUUCUAUAAAAGAAGGGUGCUGCCUAAAUAAAGACUGAUUGAUUAAACCAA